UGUGACUCGUGGAGAGGUUGGUAAAGGUUAGGAUAUGCAGCCAUGUUUCACCAAAUUUAGGUCCCCAAAGGCAUUAAUUCGUCAAAUAUUUCUCUCCGCGAUCACUUUGUCCAGGAAAAUGGAGUUGUUUGUUGGCUCCGAACACUCCGAUCUGUAUCAGAAGUACCGACCCACAUAUCCCCCAGAACUCUAUGCUUUUAUUGCCAAUUUCUGCAAAACUGGGAGAGGGAGUUUAGAUACGGCGGUUGAUGUUGGGUGUGGGACGGGCCUAAGCACCCUCCCGCUUUGUAAAUACUUCAAUAAAGUGAUCGGAGUUGAUGUUAGCGAGACCCAAAUAAACACAGCACGGACAACACACAGACAAAGUAAUUUGAUGUUCCAUACAAGCAAUGGAGAACAACUUCAGUUCUUGUCCGACUGCAGCGUCGAUUUGGUGACGGUUGCUCAGGCAAUGCACUGGAUAGAACCGGAACCAUUCUACAGGGAGGUAACAAGGAUUCUGAGGCCCAGUGGUAGUCUUGUAGUUUACGGGUACGGGAUUAAUACGAUUGAUAGUAACGAGGGCAACAAGAUCAUAGAUAAAUUUUACAGUCAUGACUUGGAGGGUUUCUGGGACUCGAGGAGACGCCAUAUUGAUAAUUUGUAUCAGGAAAUAAGUCUUCCAUUCUCCGGGUCGGAGAGGAUCUCAGACUUUGUCAUACAGAACAGAUGGUCAGUUAGUGACGUGGUGGGAUAUCUCUCUACGUGGUCAGCCUGGCAGCGAUAUCUAAAACAACACCCUGAUUCCAACUUACUGGUGGAAAUUCAGCGUCAUUUGGAAAAUAUUUACCAGGACCAAAAGAUAACCAUUACAUGGCCUGUGUUUGUUUUACUUGGAAGAAAGGAAUCCGAAAAGAAACCGUAACAUUAGAUAAUUGUUACAGAAAGGACGAUUCUAAUUUUAGAAGAAAAUAAAGGUUGUGAUGUUUCAGCAUGAAUCAAAGAAAAUACAUUUUCAUGGAAAAGUUUUAGCAGAUGUUAUUAUUGUCCCGGUGAAAA